AUGGAGGCAACUCCGAAACAGACGACGACACUUCAGGCAUUUCCGAGUAUCACGGAAGAUGAGUUUCGAGAGGGAUGCAAGGCUCUAGAAGAUCGAAGCUUCGACAAGCUGGAUGGCACGGACUGGCUGAGUGUGAAGUGGACUGGCAAAGAACUCAUAAUCAAGCAGAGGAGGGCGAUACACAGCCCGGAAUACGAGGCACCUGAAGAAUGUGCAGAGGUCGACAGAGUGGCAGAAGACUUAUGCGCUACGGACAUUCUCCCGUGCAGAUCGCGUUCGGAACACUUGAUUGUCGACUUCUCCGUCACCUUGUCCCCAGUGUAUUGCGUGCCCGUGCUUUACUUUUCCUGCAAGCACAGUUCGUAUAGUAUGAGGCUGAACCUUGACCAAAUGUAUGACUGGAUGGUACCCCGAACCUCCCAAACAUCGCUGCGGAACACUGGUGUGAUGGGAGGCAUCAGCAUGGCACAUCACCCCAUCUCGGACCAGCCGGCAUACUUCAUACAUCCAUGCAACACCCCAGAAGCUCUUUCAGCGCUUAGGCCGACCACCAGUCUGAAUCCAGAGGGCUAUCUCAUCCUCUGGCUUGGGUUGAUCGGCUCAUCCGUUGGUUUGCACGUCCCCAGCAGACUUCUGGCGUGA